AUGGUAACGUUGAUCUAUGCGGUUAUAGUAGUAACGAAUUUUGAUAGAGGACUUCAAGAAAUCAUUGAAAAUUAUAAGGAUAGGAUGAAACAAAGACCAACUAAUAUUAAUGGUCCGACAAUGAAUGUAACUACUUUAAAUAUUCCGUCAGCACAAUCGAUACAUACACUUUCGUCCUCGACGUCUCAUCAAUUCCCCGUUACAUCUCUGUCAAAUGAUAAGAUUAGUUAUGUUAGUGAUGAAAGUAAAGGCGAAUCACGUUGGACUAUUGACGAUUAA